CACCCAUCUCUGGGUGGGGGGAGCUGUCCCUCCAGAAGGGCCAUGGUGGCGACUGCACCUCCCUGUGACUUUGGACGGCACCCAGUGCCCCUCCCAGAGGCCUCCUGCUAGGGCUCGCCUGCCCCGCUGGGCUCUUCUCCCUUGUUUUUCUUCUCUCUGGCUAAAUAUUCCCUAACUCCUUUCUUUUAAGGCUGAUACCCUUUUGGCCAGCGACCGUGGCACAGCCGCUCCUCCCCUGUGGGAGCAGAGAGGGGGUGCUACUCCAAGGCGGAGGCGAGCUGUGCGCCGGGGCUGCAGCCCUGUUGGGACCCCAGCUGUGGAGACCCCUACUUUGGGCUCUCUUUUGCCACCCCAAGGACACUUGUGUGCUGGGAACCUCCCUGGGCUCCUGGGGGCUUGGUGCCUGUGAAUCACGCUGUCUCUUCUCUCUCUUUAUUCUCUGUGUCAUUUCUGUUGUUGUGUGACUCGGACCAGCCCGGCCGCCCUGUCUCCUGCGUGGGUGCCCUCCUCCAUGCUCCACUUCGCCAGCCGCCGCCAGCCACAUGUGACCAGGCCCGGCUCUCAGCGUGGCCACCGUCACAGGGGCCAUGGGGAGCUCCGCCUCCUCGCUGGCCACUGAGACCGAGUCGGACCACGGCUUCCCCAGGGGACUGCCCUACCCGGGGCCCCCGGCAGCGGCCGGCUGGUUUAGGAGCGGCCCUGGGGGGCCUGUCUGGGGUGACACCCUGGUCACCCGGCAGCACCAGCCCCCACGCCCCCGGGCCCGAAGCCACACGCACUCGCCUGGGCCCAUGGCUGCAGUCGGGGAGUGGUCCUGCGCACGCUGCACCUUCCUGAACCCGGCCGGACAGCGCCAGUGCUCCAUCUGCGAGGCCCCGCGGCACAAGCCUGACCUCGACCAGAUCCUGCGGCUCAGCGUGGAGGAACAGAAGUGGCCCUGCACCCGUUGCACAUUCCGCAACCUCCUGGGCAGGGGGGCCUGUGAAGUGUGCGGCUUUGCCCCCGAGCCCGUCCCUGGGGCCUCCCUGCUACCCGUCAUCAACGGGGUCCUGCCGGAGCCCAAGGGCAGCUGCAGGGAGGAGGCAGGGCCUGCGCGGACGGCAGGGCUGGCAGCCAUGGAGCCAGCUGGGGGGCGGCCGGAGGAGGUGGAGAGGGAAGAGGGGGGCGCAGCCGCAACCGGGAAUGGCUGGGCCUGCCAGCGCUGCACACUGCACAACACGCCCGUGGCCAGCUCCUGCUCGGCCUGUGGGGGGCCGCGGAAACUCUCGCUGCCCAGGAUUCCUCCCGAGGCCCUGGUGGUCCCAGAAAUCGUGGCUCCCGCAGGCUUCCCCGUCAUGCCUGCCCCACCCCAGCCCGGGGAAGGCGCCGAUGCCAACCCUCCCUCUGCUGUGGACCAGGAGCCCCCCCGGGGGCCACCCUUCAGCCCCUUCUCGCCUACCCUCCAGAACAACCCUGUGCCUCGCAGCCGCCGCGAGGUGCCCCCCCAGCUGCAGCCACCGGUGCCUGACGCCACCCAGCCCUCACCCUCUGCCAGCUCCAAGGGGCCCCCCCAGGGCCUGGGGCGGACCGUGGCCGGGGCCUCCCGCCUGGCGGAGCUACUGUCGGGCAAGCGGCUGAGCUUCCUGGAGGAAGAGGCAGCUGAGGGUGGCACCACGCUGCGCCCACCUGGUCCUGCCAGUCCUGCCCACUGUGAGGCUGGUGGCGCCACACCGGGCAGCGACGUCAUUGACCUGGCCGGCGACACCGUGCGCUACACUCCUGCUAGCCCCUCCAGCCCUGACUUCACUACCUGGUCGUGUGCCAAGUGCACGCUCAGGAACCCCACAGCUGCCUCCCGCUGCACGGCAUGCGGCUGCUCCAAGCUGCAUGGCUUCCAGGAGCACGGCGAGCCUCCCACCCGCUGCCCCGACUGCAGCGCAGACAAGCCCGGGCCCUGCUUGGCCCACAAGGCUGGCCACCUCUUUCCCACAGCACCGUCUGAGCGCCUGGGCCAGUGGGCUUGCCCUGCCUGCACCCUACUCAACACGCCCCGAGCCAAGCACUGUGCCGCCUGCCACACCCCCCAGCUCCUGGUGACCCAGCGCCGGGGCGCAGCGCCCCUGAGACGCAGGGAGAGCAUGCACGUGGAGAAGCGGCGGCAGACGGACGAGGGCGAGGCCAAGGCCCUGUGGGAGAACAUUGUGGCCUUCUGCCGGGAGAAUGGCGUGAACUUUGUGGAUGACAGCUUCCCCCCUGGGCCCAAGUCUGUGGGCUUCCCCGCGGGUGACAGCGUCCAGCAGCGUGUGCGACAGUGGCUGCGGCCCCACGAGAUCAACUGCUCCGUGUUCAGGGACCACAGUACCUCGUGGUCCGUGUUCCACACUCUCCGGCCCUCAGACAUCCUUCAGGGGCUCCUGGGAAACUGCUGGUUCCUGAGUGCACUGGCGGUGCUGGCCGAGCGGCCAGACCUGGUCGAGCGGGUGAUGGUCACGCGCAGCCUGUGUGCAGAGGGCGCCUACCAGGUGCGACUCUGCAAGGAUGGCACAUGGACAACGGUGCUGGUGGACGACAUGCUGCCCUGCGACGAGGCCGGCUUCCUCCUCUUUUCCCAGGCUCAGCGCAAGCAGCUGUGGGUGGCCCUCAUCGAGAAGGCUCUGGCCAAGCUGCACGGCUCCUACUUUGCCCUCCAGGCCGGGCGCGCCAUCGAGGGCCUGGCCACGCUCACCGGCGCCCCCUGUGAGAGCUUGGCCUUGCAGGUCAGCUCCACUAACCCCCGCGAGGAACCAGUUGACACUGACCUCAUCUGGGCCAAAAUGCUGAGUUCUAAGGAGGCUGGGUUCCUCAUGGGCGCCUCCUGUGGGGGAGGCAACAUGAAGGUGGACGAUGCUGCCUACGAGGGCCUGGGCCUGCGCCCCCGCCACGCCUACUCCAUCCUGGACGUCCGUGACGUCCAGGGCUCCAGGCUCUUGCGCCUUCGUAACCCGUGGGGCCGCUUCUCCUGGAACGGCAGCUGGUCGGAUGAGUGGCCGCACUGGCCGGGGCAUCUGCGGAGCGAGCUCAUGCCGCACGGCAGCAGCGAAGGCGUCUUCUGGAUGGAGUACAGCGACUUCAUCAGGUACUUUGACUCCGUGGACAUCUGCAAGGUGCACUCGGACUGGCAGGAGGCACGGGUGCAGGGCUGCUUCCCCAGCUCGGCCAGCGGGCCGGUGGGCGUGACGGCCCUCACGGUGCUGGAGCGUGCGUCCCUGGAGUUCGCCCUCUUCCAGGAGGGCAGCAGGCGCACGGACUCGGUGGACAGCCACCUCCUGGACCUGUGCGUCUUGGUGUUCCGGGCUUCCUUCGGCAGCGGUGGCCGCCUGAGCCUGGGCCGCCUGCUGGCCCACAGCAAGCGUGCAGUCAAGAAGUUUGUCAACUGCGACGUGAUGCUAGAACCCGGCGAGUAUGCUGUGGUGUGCUGUGCCUUCAACCACUGGGGCCCCGCACCGGGCCCACCGGCCGUGCAGGUCUCCGGCCCCUCAGCGGGGGUCCCACGCGGCACCCUGGAGCCGCCCGGCCAUGUGCUGGCCGUGUACAGCUCAAGACUCGUCAUGGUGGAGCCCGUGGAGGCCCAGCCGACCACGCUGGCAGACGCCAUCAUCCUGCUCACAGAGAGCAGGGGCGAGCGGCACGAGGGACGCGAGGGCAUGACCUGCUACUACCUGACGCACGGCUGGGCGGGGCUCAUCGUGGUGGUGGAGAACCGGCACCCCAAGUCUUACCUGCACGUGCAGUGCGACUGCUCAGACAGCUUCAACGUGGUGUCCACACGUGGCAGCCUGCGCACCCAGGACAGUGUGCCGCCCCUGCACAGGUGGGCACCCCUGCACCACCACCACCCCACCGCCCUGCGGCCCCCAGCCUCUGCAGGCCCUCAUCGGCCCCCCUCCCCCAGGCAGGUCCUGGUGAUCCUGUCCCAGCUGGAGGGCAACGCCGGCUUCUCCAUCACCCACCGCCUGGCGCACCGCAAGGCGGCCCAGGCCUUCCUCAGUGACUGGACGGCUUCCAAGGGCAGCCACAGCCCCCCACUCACGCCCGAGGUCGCUGGCCUGCAUGGGCCCCGGCCACUGUGACCACCCUGCCCCCACCUGCCUGCCCCCACACGCACUUUACGAGGAAGACCCCAACACAGGAUGCUUGAACCAGAAUCUCAGGACCCCCACCCAGGGAGCGCCAGCGGCAUGGCGCAGCUUCCCCUGGGCUUUCCUUCCUGCCCCUCCCUCCUACCCAGGGCCUCAUAGCCACCAAGCAGAAUACCUCGAAGCAGCCUCUAGCUCGAGGGAGCUGUGUGCCAGCUCCUCUGACCAGCCCACCUUGAGGUCUGGCUCAGAUUGCCAGGGCCAAGGUAAGGCUGCCCCUUCCCAUGGCCUGGGGCCUCCUGCCUGGGUGAGACAGCAAAGAGCUCCAUUCACAAAACCAAAUCUGGGGGGUAAGAGGCCAGGACCCCAGCGUAGGAGCAGGGACCGUCCCCGUUUUGAGGGGUCAGAGAACAGGACCCUGGGGUGAGCAGGGACCACCCCCCCUUGUGGGGUUAGGCCAGGACCCCAGGAUGAGAGCAGGGACCACCCCCAUUUUGGGGGGUCAGAGGCCAGGACCCUGGGGUGAGCAGGGACCACCCCCAUUGUGGGGUCAGGCCAGGACCCCAGGUGAGAGCAGGGACCACCCCCCCUUGUGGGGUCAGGCCAGAACCCCAGGUGAGAGCAGGGACCCACCCCCUUUGUGGGACACGAGGUCAGGAGGCUUUUCUCCCCAGUUUGCCCCUAGGUCCCAUCUCCCCCCAAGCCCUCAUGAGGCAAGCAGGGGUUCCUGGAGUCCCAGCAGUGUCCCAGGAGGCAGGUGCCUGGCGACCAUGGGCUCAAGCAGUGGUGGGGAGGGACACUAUGCAAUUCCUGGAGCGCCAGCCAGGAUCGAAGCCAUGCCCCAGGCUGGGGUUGGGGCAGUGGGUCAGGUGGUCCUGAGCCCAGACCCAGCCCUGUGCUUGGUGAGGGGGUUUGUCCUCAGCACCAUCUGACCUCUUCUGAGAGGAACAGUCCAGGAGAAAUCCCUAGCCAGCCCUGUCCAGGCACAUGCAGGGUGUAGCCCUUCCCAGCCCCUCCACACCUCAGAAGCCCAGCGUCCUCCCUGUGGCUGUUCAGCCCUGAGUUCUGUGUCUGCCUGAGGAUGACUGAGGCCGGCUUCCUGGGCCACCUGGCCUCACUGUCCUGCAGCCCCCAGGCAGCGGGUGGCCCAGUCUGUGGCCCCUCGCUUCCCAUGGGACUUGUAGGGGGGUGGGUUUACACCUGGAGAAGCACCCAGAAGCACUAGACUCCCCUUUGGGCCUCCUUUAUAUUUCUCCUUUUACUCUGAGCUGUGAGUAUUUUUAACCCUGUACAUACGGCAGCUCUUCUGACACAGAGGCUAUUUUAUCAGUUGUCAGUACCAUCCCUGUAGGAUGAUUCUCCAUGGGUGUUUCCAGACUCAGGCUCCGAUGGACCAAAUAAAAA